UUUCAAUUGUAGCUAUAACUCUCAAAAGCUUUAGCUAUCUUGAAAUUAACUUAUGUCAAAGUGGUUCAAUACUCAUCAAUAAUUACAAGCUGCUCGUGCGUUAACAACAAUUUUCAAUAGCCCAUAAACCGUGUCCUCAAGUCUGUAUGAUAACUACAUUUCCAUUAGGAAUCAUAUUUUACGAAGCAGGCGGAAAAUUUCAAUUACGAAAAGCCUUUGCGCAGCUUGCAGUCCAUUGCCGAAGUUUUGCCUAUUUACAAAAGGUUUUGAAACCAGUCAGAAAUGAUAUGCCAUAUUUACAUAGAAACAAAACUGUACAAACUAGCUUGACAGAUUUUGCUCUUCAUUUCGUUUUCGCAUUUGGUCGUGCGUGGGCAAAUCCAUUAUGGAAAUAGCAUAUUUUUCGACUAAAAGGAACGCAGUAUUGUUAUUAAUUGUAUGGCUAAUGACUAACCGGGUUAAUUGGAAUUAUCUUUGAACAGACUUGAAGCUUCCUUAAGCUGUAUCUAUCAGUUGCCAAUAUCCGGUAAGAAGUAGGUGGUUCGGUUAAAAUUACACCCUGCAUUUGAUUUUGAGCUAUAUUAAAAUUAUCACUUUUAUUUAUUCAUCGCCUUGAAGGCUGCCUUGGCCUCGGAAAACGCUUUUGCGGUAUUCUGAACUGAAGGAUUAGUGGCGGCCGAGACAAAGUGAACUUUUGAAAGAUCCUAGGCGACAGUGCCUGCUGGACGAGAUUUUCUCCGUGAAGACCAUUGUUUCUAAUUGUGUCUUGUGACGUUUUUGUUUCUGUCUCUUAAGAAGGCUGGUUUAUAUUAACGGCCACAGCUCUCAAAGGCGCCUCGAUCAACGUCACGAAAUCUUGCACAUAAAGACACAAGUCGAUAACUUAGUAAAGAUUCAAGAAGGUAUCUGCAACAGCAAGUUAUGUCCAUGAUUUGUUAAGCGUUUGGUACUACUAUUUGCUGAUAUCCAAGGCAACAAACAAGAUCGGCAAAGCGGCUGUCUUUUAGAAUACGUAUAGCAUUUACAGCUGUACAGCUUUGGGUAAUAAGCAUUUCCAAGACAGUAGAGCGGAUUUUAAAACCGCACUUCCGCUAUUAACCUACCUUGUCUCCAAACACAAGAUCUUUUUCUUCAGUACAGUUUCUUUCAGUUAUGUCUGAUUCUACGUUGGUAACGAACACAACAUCUUCGCAGGCCACUACGGAACCUCGCGCCGAACCACAUGCUGAGCCAGGCCCUGACUGGGAAAUAGCGACGCAGAAAUGGGGAGUAGCUUGGCAAGUGCAUUGGGCUGGAUUCGGUGUCAUUUUCAGUAUGUUAGCUCUGCGCUCCGUUAUCGCCCUAUCGCAAGUCAGAAAGAGAGAAGGAUUUGGUAGAAAGCCCUUGGUCGUUGCUAUCAACGCGUUGCUCAUGACACAAGGAAUGACACGAGCCUUAUUUUUGUUUCUAGAUCCUUACGAAUCAAGGACGAAUGGAUUAAAAGUCCCAUCUUGGCUGACGAAUUUACUCUACGGUAUCACAUUUCCUUGUUUGACUUCCUCUUUCUGCCUCAUACACUUGGCAUUUGUUGAAGUCUCCAAGGUCCAAAUUGGAUCUAAUAAACUUCAAAGUGUGUCCUUCUUAAGCGUGGUUAUAACGAUUCACUUUGGGGUGGUCGUAACGGCAGAAACAGUAACCGCUCUGAGGGCGGAUCUUACACCCUUGAUUAUUGUGUGCCAGUCGCUUUUCAUCCUUUGGGGCUUCCUCCUCUCGACGAGCUUUAUUUACAGCGGAUUAAAAGUCAUUCAACGUGAUGUCGCUGUUCAGAGGGAACUGCAAAUCGUCCAGAUCGACAAGGCUAGUAAGAUGGGGAGACCAAAACAAACAAAGAGAACUAUUAAAGUUGCGAAGAUCACCAUGGCAACUAGUAUUUUAGGAUUUGCAUGCUGUGGACUGCAGCUGUAUUCACUAUUUGGCGUGUACACCUUAUAUAGUAAAGUUGUAAACCCUGCUCCUUGGCCGUGGUGGACAUUUCAAACGUGUUUUAGACUGGUGGAAUUCUUCAUGGCUUGCACCAUAGCCUACAGUGUUAUGCAACGUUCCUCAGCCAGAGAAAUAAGCGAAGCCAACAAACAAAGCAACGACAUCAGCCAAAACAUAAUAAAGCCUGGGAACCACUAGGAUUGUUCGCGCUGCAACUUAUUGCCCUUUAGACGAGUAAGCAUACAUACAUACAUACAUACAUACAUACAGAUCUUUAUUUGAUAGGUAGUUAAAAAAUUGGCAACUUUACAGCUGAUGUGGACCUACCAUAUUAUCUACGUAAAAUAAG